UGACUUGUCAUACGUCAGAUGCUUACUCGUCUCUAGUUUGCUCAGACUUGCUGAAUCUUCAUUAAUAGCCAUUUUGAAGAUUUCUGUUGUUUUCUAGAGUAAAUAAGCGUUUAUAAAGUUAUUUCGUUUCAGUGUAAACAGAGACGAAACUGUGGGUGAAUGCGUCAUUUACAACGACACGUUCAGGCUAGCUAGCAAGCAAGUUAGCUGAUUAGCUAGCGGCCAGUGUUUUCUUAUUGAGGAUUUAUAUUGUUUUAUCGGUGGAUUUCUCCUGUAUUUGGUUUUUUUUUAUGCGUUUAGACUUUCUGUUUAUUUUCUGUUUCGAAUAAAUUGUUAAUUAUUGAUCUAUAAAUAUGAAUAUUUUACCGAAGAAGAGCUGGCACGUCCGUAAUAAAGACAACGUCGCGCGAGUGCGCAGAGAUGAGGCGCGCGCGGCGGAGGAGGAGCAGGAGAUUCGGAGGCGCGCGGAGCGGGCAGAGCAAGAGGCUCGUACAGAGUAUCUGAGGAGAAAAUCCCGUGUGGCACUCGAGCAGAAAGGAGAAACAAGGGACGAGGAAGAGAAGAGUGAAGCGACGGAAGAGCAUCUGAACCUGUUUCCUCUGGAGGAUUCUGCAGAGAAAAGGGGAAACACUGAGUAUGAGCGAGAGAAGAAAGAGGAGAAGGAGAAACAUGAGCGUGCCAUUGGUCUGCUGGUGAAUCUAGGCCCCACGCCCGGAACCGAUGCCACACCCUGGUACCUCAAAGAGAGAGAAAGAGACAGCGUGAGAGAGGAGGAGAAAAAGAGACAGGAGAAGAGAAAAAGGAGUAUUACUGAGGAGGAGAGAGACAAGAAGGACACCAAGUUAAAGGAUCGUCUGGAUCCAUUAAAAGAGAUGAAGAAAGCUCUGGCAGUGAAGGACAGGAAGGAGAAAAAACACAAGAAGAAGGAGAGAAGAGACAAAGGAGAGAGGAGUUCAGGGAGUUGCAUAGAACAGUUGCGGGCUGAGCGAUUACAGAGGGAGGUGGAGGAGAGGAAGCGUGCUCAGGCUCUGCUGGCUGAGAAGAAGGGAGUGGAUGGAGAGAGGGAUUGCCAGAAACAGACCGAUGAUAGAGACCGACCUUACAACAGCGCUUUCUUUCCUGAACUGGCUCGAAAGAGACAGAGGAGAGACAAGGAUCAGUACAGUUUCCUGUAGUCCGUCACUCAGUCAUCACACUCACCACUGUAAUUCACUACAACAGUGUAUUAUAAACACUGUUACAGAGGGAAAAAAGUCUGACUGAAACUACACCUGAACCUACAACUGAACAUCCUCAGACUUUUUUCGGUAAAUUGCAGGAACUAUGGAGGAACUGGAACUCACUUCAAUAUAGUCUGUCCAUCUACUUUUCCCUCGUCUUUACCAUACGCUAUACUUUGAACACAUACACUGUACACACACUGACAUGUGUUUACUCUGAGGUUUACAUUAAAACAGGUUAAUGAAAGCAGAGAUUUUACACCACUGGGCUUGUGUAUCGGUGUGUUCUUAAAAGAUUGCCUUGUUAUUUUUUUUUAAUUCAUUUUACCAUUGAAAUUCUAUUGAAUUUUGUGUCCACUGAAAAGUACAAAAUCUUGUGUAUGUGUGUACGGUAUAUGUGUGUAUAUAUGGGAGUGUGUGUUUGGAUGUCUGGUUUUGUGGUCACAGUAAGAUUAGUGUUGACUGAUGUUAACAACUGUAGCACUAUUUCUGACGUUCUGACGUUGCAACAAUAACCAGAGAAAUUUGUGAUUGUGGCUCAGGAUUGGUGCAGCAGAACCGCGUUUGUCAUAUUAUCCAUAUACUGCAAGUCAUCUGUGGCCUUCUGCUCUCCUAACCAGUCAUGCUAGCCAGGGUCAGGCAUGUGGAGGCAGACAGCAGCACCUCCUCCAGACACAUUGAUUUCAGUGCAGUUUUGAUGCAUUGUUUAUAUUUUUUAUUUGCUCAUUAUUUUUGAAUAUCAUGUAAUUUUAAUUUACUGAAUAAGUGUUGGAACUUUUCAUUUAUUCAGUUAUAAUUAUUAUUACCGAACAAAAACUAUUUUAAAAGUCUUGGUUCCCAUGCAGCAGCACAUUUUGAUUCUUGUUUUAGUAACCUUUUCAAUGUUAGAUUGUUUAUAUUAAGUGUCUUUUUUUGUGGUCUAUUUUAAUGCUAGACCAUACGGUACACUGUAUGGCCGAAAGUAUGUGGACACCUGACUGUUAGCUUGGAGGACAUCACAUUUCAAAACCAUGGUCAUUAACAUGUUAGAAAAGUUUUCUUUUGCUCUCCAUGCUGAAUAAUGGUGUGGCACAGCUGGUGGAGAAGGUGCCACACAGCAACAUACAAUAUGACCAAAAUAUUAAUUUCAGAUGCUAACAAGUGAAUUACAUCAAUUAUGUCAAAUACGCUUUCAAUUUUGUAGCAACAGUUUACGGUAGGCUUUGAAAGUUUGAAAACUUUAAUGUUCUGUCUUGCUUCGGGUGGCACAGUGGCUCGGUAGGUAGCAAUGUUGUCUCACAGCAAGAAGGUCAUGGGUUCGAUCCCCAAGUGGGGUGGUCCAGGUUCUUUCUGUGUGGAGUUUUCAUGUUCUCCCCAUGUCUGUGUGGGUUUCCUCUGGGUGCUCCGGUUUCCUCCCACAGUCCAAAGACUUGCAAGUGAGGUGAAUUGGAGAUACAAAAUUGUCAAUGAAACUUGUGUUUCUGUCAUGAAUGUAACAAAAGUGUAAAACAUGAUGUUAAAAUCCUAAUAAAUACAAUUCUGGAUUAGA